AUGCCAGUCUUGAAAGGAUCUUGCUUUUGCCGCGAAAUCGAAUAUGAGUUGAGACUGGAGUCGGCAGACGAUGCUCGCACAACCCUUUGUCACUGCCAGAACUGCAAAAAAGCAUUUGGAACAAAUUAUGGCCUCACAGCCAAGGUCGCUAAAGAUGCGUUCCAUCUAACCAAGGGACAGCCAAAGGAACACGCAGCGGAUAGUGGAUCCGGGGUCGCAAUUUAUCGACAUUUCUGUGAUACUUGUGGAAGUUUUAUUCUUGAGUUUGGUGAGAAUGCGAAGGAUCACUUCCGCUAUAUCUGUGUGGGAUCCCUCGAUGACCCCGAGAUGUUGCCACCAAAGGGAGAAUUCUUCUGCAAGGCUCGAGCGAGUUGGAUGCCAGAGAUUCCCGACGUGUUCCACAAACAAGAAAUCAAAGAAUGA